GGUUGGUGGGGUUUGUAUGUACAGUUGUUGAAUCCCCGCUGAUAUUUGUUUGAGGUCGGGGAAACAGACAAUCCUUUGAUCGCUUAGUUUCCUCCACUGCUUCAAUCUCCGUUAUCUCCUCCAUCCCAAAAGCUAUGGUGAUUAUCAUUUUCAUAAACCCUCGUUUCACAAUACUAUCGAUGACCUGAAUUUUGCAUUUCGUUUGUUUUCACCAUGCGUUGUGCUGACCUCUGACUUGCGAGCUCAAUCUUCAGCCAUGGCCUCCCUGAAACUCUCCUUCUCUCUAGAUUCUUUCCAUUCUAAGAAAUUCGAUUUUCCGGUUAAUUCAUCUCUGCUCUCUGAUUGCUGCUCUGUUUUCUCUAUCACUGGUUAUAUUCAUCUCAAUAAGUCCUUCGUACUUUACUCUCUGGUUAGGGCUCACAAGCCUUCUAAGGUCGAGCCGGAGACAUCCGGCGGUUACGAAUCGAAAUGUGCGGUUGAUGAAAUUGACACCAGGAAGAAGUAUUUUGGCGGCAAGAAGCCAUCAAAGAGAGCGCCAGGUUCGUAUUUUAGUUUCAGUAAGAAUUGUAGUGAGAAAGUUUUCGAUAGCAUUGUUUUUCAUGGUGGCGAAUUGGAUGUCAAUUACUCCACUAUAUCGUCCGAUUUGAGUUUAGAGGAUUGCAAUGCCAUUUUAAAAAGGUUAGAGAAGUGUAAUGAUCGAAAAGCACUAGGUUUCUUUGAGUGGAUGAGAAUCAACCGGAAAUUAGAACACAAUGUGAGUGCGUAUAAUUUGAUUCUUCGAGUGUUGGGCAGGCAACAAGAUUGGGAUGCUGCGGAGAAGCUAAUUAGAGAAGUUAGAGCUGAGUCGAGUGAUCAAUUGGACUUUCAGGUCUUUAACACCCUUAUUUAUGCUUGUUAUAAGUCGGGGCUUGUAGAGCAGGGUGCUAAAUGGUUUCAAAUGAUGUUGGAAUGGCAAGUGCUGCCCAAUGUUGCAACGUUUGGAAUGCUUAUGGGCCUCUAUCAGAAGAGUUGUAGCCUCAAGGAGGCAGAGUUUGCUUUUAAUCAGAUGAGAAACUUUGGGAUUGUCUGCGAAACGGCAUAUGCAUCUAUGAUUACUAUAUACACGCGUUUGAGUUUGUACGAUAAAGCAGAAGAGGUGAUUCGAUUAAUGCAAGAAGAUAAGGUAACACCGAAUGUAGAGAACUGGUUAGUCAUGCUUAAUGCUUAUUGUCAGCAAGGUAAAAUGGAGGAUGCUGAACUUGUGUUUGCCUCGAUGGAAGAACAUGGGUUUUCGUCUAAUAUCAUUGCGUAUAAUACGUUGAUUACUGGGUAUGGAAAAGCAUCGAAUAUGGAUGCUGCUCAACGCCUGUUCUUGAGCAUCAAGAACUCUGGUGUAGAACCUGAUGAAACGACUUAUCGCUCCAUGAUUGAAGGUUGGGGACGAGCUGGUAAUUACCAAAUGGCAGAAUGGUACUUUAAGGAACUCAAGCGAAAAGGAUAUAUGCCGAAUGCCUCUAACUUGUUCACCCUCAUGAAUCUUCAAGCCAAACAUGAGGAUGACGCAGGUGCACUUAAAACUCUUAAUGAUAUGCUGAAGAUUGGAUGCCGGCUUUCUUCCAUUGUUGGAAAUGUUUUACAAGCUUAUGAAAAGGCUAGAAGAAUAAAAAGUGUGCCUCUCCUCUUGACAGGAUCGUUCUAUCGGAAAGUUCUGGCCAGCCAGACAUCUUGCUCGAUUCUGGUAAUGGCUUAUGUGAAGCACGGUUUAGUGGAUGAUGCUUUGAAAGUGUUGAGGGAAAAAGAGUGGAAUGAUCUUCGUUUUGAGGAGAAUUUAUAUCAUUUGCUAAUUUGUUCGUGUAAAGAGUUAGACCAUCUCGAGAAUGCAAUCAAGAUAUACACGCAACUACCCAAACAUGAAAACAAACCGAACUUGCAUAUCACGAGCACAAUGAUUGAUAUCUACAGCAUCAUGGGUAGGUUCUCUGACGGGGAGAAACUUUAUCUAAGCCUGAAAUCUUCAGGCAUUCGUUUGGAUUUGAUUGCCUUCAGUGUUGUUGUGAGAAUGUAUGUCAAAGCUGGAUCAUUGGAAGAUGCAUGCUCAGUUCUUGACUUGAUGGAUAAACAGCAGGACAUUGUUCCAGACAUAUAUCUGUUCCGGGACAUGCUUCGUAUUUAUCAACGUUGUGGCAUGGUAGAUAAGCUACAAGAUGUGUACUAUAGGAUACUGAAUAGUGACGUCUCUUGGGAUCAGGAAAUGUAUAAUUGUGUCAUAAAUUGCUGUUCCCGUGCUCUGCUUGUUGAUGAGCUUUCCAGCCUUUUUGAUGAAAUGCUUCAACGUGGGUUUGCUCCAAAUACCGUGACCUUAAAUGUCAUGCUUGACGUUUAUGGGAAGUCCAAGCAUUUUUCCAAGGCCAGAAAACUGUUAUUGCUGGCUCAGAAAAAAGGUUUGGUUGAUGUAAUCUCUUAUAAUACUAUGAUAUCUGCGUUUGGAAAGAGCAAGGACUUCGCAAACAUGUCGUCCACAGUUAGAACAAUGGAAUUUAAUGGCUUUUCGCUUUCCCUUGAAGCAUACAAUUCUCUGUUGGAUGCUUAUGGCAAAGAAGGCCGAAUGGAUGAUUUCAGACAAGUCUUACAGCAAUUAAAGGACUCGAAUUCUGAACGUGACCAAUACACUUACAACAUCAUGAUCAACAUCUAUGGAAAACAAGGAUGGAUUGACGAUGUCGAGGAAGUGCUGACAGAACUGAAAGCAUGUGGACUCGAACCCGAUCUGUAUAGCUACAACGCAUUGAUCAAGGCAUAUGGAAUAGCAGGGAUGGUUGAAGAAGCCGCUCAGUUGGUGAAAGAAAUGAGAGAAAAGAGGAUAGAACCGGAUAAGGUUACUUUUCUUAGCAUGAUCACUGCACUACAAAGAAACGAUCAAUACUUAGAGGCAAUCAAGUGGUCAUUGUGGAUGAAGCAGAUGAACUAUUGAAGUUCAGAAAUGCCAAAACAAUGAAACAGGUGUUCGCCCUCCCUCGACGUAGCCCCCGGAUAUAUCCGAUCUUCCUGUCCCAACUCUUGCUCAAAACAUAUGCUGGUUGGGAUUUGGCAGACAAAAUUGCCUUCAAAGCCGCAAAAAACUGCUCUCUCCGCCGUUCACACUUGUUUCUAAGGUUAUAUAUAAUCAAUAAAGGUACAGUACAAUUUAUAUGAGCUCACAUGCUUGCACAAUUAUUUAGAAAUAUCAAAACUUGUUGGAAUUUAAUUACAAAAGUACAGAGAUUAAAGCAAAACACUCGAAUUAUAUGCACCAAAAGAAGUCUAAAAAUCACAAAAUUGACCAAUUGAGUUGACAUUAGUUGGUGUAUUAGGGAGGUUUGAAAAAGAAGGUACAAAUUAUUAUUGUUUAAUUAUGUUGAAAAGAACAGGUGUGAAUUAUGAUUGCUUUUCAAAAUGGAAGCUACAUUUGAUGAACCCAUCCUUCCAAGCUUACCUUUUUCCUUUUCAAUUUCUUAAACUAAAUGUGAAUGAUCAUUUGGGACGACAA